ACCAUUCAUUCGUUACACGUACGUACAUACAAAAUGUAUGUCCUGUUGACGUCCCGUAUGUAUGCCUCACAAGCCGACCCUCACAGCACACAGACAUACACGAUCUAUUGACUGACUGACAAAUGCAUGCUGCCCUGCCCCCACUCCGUCCGUCAUCCACUGCGGCUCGCUUCGUCCAGCUCGGCAACUUCAUCCUCAGUCAGCGACCAGGACGAACACACAAUGACCUGCACGAUGGAUGCACACAACACAACAGAUCGUCCCACCAUCGCGGCACCGGCAUCUCCUAGGUACCUCCUUGGCUUGUUGUACAUUCUUGACCCCCGGAAUGGGAGCAGCCCCUUUGCUGCGGCACCAGUUCAGCGCCACCUGGGUCGGCGUUACAAUGCUCCCAUCGUUUGCACCUCCCGCCCCCUCUCCCCGGCGCUCAUCGGCUGUUGCGGUCUGGAAGGCCCCCACCAGCCAGUCGACGGGCGAUGCCGCUGACGCUCCGCCGGCCGACGCUGACCUCUGCCGUUCCUCCACUACACGAGCGUUGAUCUGAGGGGUCAGCCGUUGCAAGGCGGCCUGAAUGCGGGAUAGCCGUCCUCCGUCCUUGCCUCUGGGUGACGCAUCCGCUGUACUGGCCUCAACGGCUCUGCAGACAGACAGGCAGGGCAGAUGGGGAAAAUUCCCAACCAUGUCGGUGGCGGUGUUGCUGACCUGGUUGUGAGUUUGCCCUGCGCCAGAGGCGAGUGUGCGAUGGGGGUGAUGCCCCGCUCAAAGCAAUACUCCAGCGAGCCAUCGACAAGGUACCGCUGAACACGCACGACACACAACACACAACACACAUUUCCGCAGACCACGACAGCCACAUGCCAUGCAGCGGGAGUGCACUCAGCACACACCACCCUCCCUCUCCUUGCCUGAUCGAUGAGCGACAGCGGGAUCUGGUUGGACACGGUCGGCGUAUUCCAUUUGCUCAGCUCCCUCUCCAUCUGCGGCAGCUCCUUGAUGUCGAAAUUAGACACACCAAUGUGCUGACACUUGCCGUCCAGCCUGGCCUUCGCCAGCCCCUCGGCCAACGCAGGAUAACCACCAAUAUAGGGGAAUGGAAAAUGCAGCUGGAAGAGCGCGAUCGGCACUCCGUCGAGCCGAGCCAGCGAGUUGUCGAUAGCUCGUGACACGGCCUCGCUGCCCCAUCGAAAGCCGCCCCCGACACCGAGAGCGUUGGUCCUACGAAGACAAUUGCGCCACACCCCACACACUGAGGCUGUCUCCCAGUCAAGAGAAAAUGAGGGCAUUCCGUGCCUUCGUCCCCUCAAUACCAGAGAAGCGGGAAGAAUUUGGUUGCCACACGCACAGAUGGCCGUUUUUUGCCGAGUUUGCCUAGCAGCUGCUCCGACUGAUAGCCGUUUGGGAUGUUCUGGUAGCCGUAGACCUCUGCUGUGUCAAAGAAGGUGAUGCCGGCAUCCACCAACAUCGAUCCUGACAUCUGCAGACGAGAGAGAAAGAAAGAAAGGAAACAAACACACAUGCGGUCCUAGUGGAUGCAGCGAUCGAUGGCAUCUAUCUGUACCUCAACAUCAUCAGGUCCAAAUGGCCUCGACUCACUGGAUGGCUCCGCGCUCACUGCACCCUCAGCGACAAACCCCCUCUUGGGAUCACCCCUGCAGCACACACACACAACCAAGCAGUCACACAGGUCAUGCUGCAGACACACACACACAGAGAGAGAGAGAUGCAUUCAUCGUCUGUCCUUCUCACCAUGCGAGCGUGCCGACACCGAUAGGGCCGAUGUCAUACGUCGAUGUGACGUCGGCCGCCACUUCGGGGACCGUCCUCACUGCAAAGAUCCCAUCGCGCCUCGGUCGUGGGAGGGCAGAUAGAGGGCGGGCAGUGAAUGCGGCUGCUCUCGCGUCUGUCAGCGUGCCACAGUCGACGUAGUGAGCUGCCUGACAGGCCAGAAGGAAGAGGCAACGCGGCAAAAUACUCCUCAUCAUCCGACUCGGAAUGCAGAUUUCAUCAAAUUGUCAUUCCAUCGCACCACCGUCGAACGAACGUCGCUC